GCCUGAGCGUCGUUACCUGACCGGCCGCAGGGAUGAAAGUUUUCGAGUUGAUAGGAGGGAUGUUCAUCCUCAUCUCUCUGUUUCCGGCCUGUGCCGCACAAAGUCCAGUGACUGUCCUGUGCUCCAUAGACUGGUUCAUGGUCACCGUGCACCCCUUCAUGUUGAAUAACGACGUGUAUGUUCACUUCCAUGAGUUGCACUUGGGCCUGGGCUGUCCUGCCAACCACGUUCAGCCCCACUCCUACCAGUUCACCUACCGCGUUACCGAAUGUGGCAUCCGGGCCAAGGCCAUCUCUCUGGACAUGGUUAUGUACAGCACGGAGCUGCACUACGCUUCAAAGGUGACCUCUUCGAAGUAUAUGAUCCCAGUGUCCUGCACUGCUCCCCAAGGGUCCCCGUGGCUCACUCCGCCCUGCCCCCUGAGGGGAGCCAGUGAGACGGGCACCACAACCCAGGACGGCGAGGCAAGUUACGACGUGUUCACCUUGUCGCAGUCCAGCCAAAGGCCCAACUGCGACUGUCCACCUUGUGUCUUCAACGAAGAAAACGGUGCCCAGGCCCCACGGCACCAAGCAGAGGCUCAGGAGGGCCAGCUGGAGCAGCCGUCUUCCGUCGUGGAUAUGUCCGAAGAUUGGUGUCUUUGCUUCGACGAUCUCAUUGAGUCCAUGUGAUCCCCGGGUUUGGGGUCUCCCGUAGAUGCUUUUUUUCUAACAUUAGUAUAUAUUUUCUAAUCUCAGACAAAUUUAAGUGUUUCGGUAGCCCCCUUAGGAGCGCCUUUGAGAGAGGGCAGCUCGUGAUAAUUUCAUGAAUAAAGCUCUUUAUAUUUUUAUAUCUUUUUUAAAAAUAAAUUUUUGAU